GUGUCAUUUUAAACUCGCGUUCACUGGCUUCACUGUCGAGCAUUGACGCCCGCUGUGCUUCGCCGGCGGUCGAUCAGCCGAGCAAGAUGAGCGAAAUGUUUAGCGGAGGCGACACUUCAGUAUCAACGGAAACGCCGCCGAAGACCGGCAAUGCGUUUGAUGCGAGUCGAAUCGCUGAAGUAAAAUCAUGGCUGACUUCCCAAUUUGACGCCGUAGGGAAGGACGUCCCCCAUUUCGAAUACACUGCGCGAAGCGUGGCGCAUUUGCACCGAAUUGCUACCGUCUCUCAGGCCAAAAAUCAAGCCGCUGCCGUUGUUGCCAGAGAUUUCCGUCAAAAAGCUGCUGAAUAUAGGUCUCAAGCUGCUAGGAUAAGAGAGAUAUUAGAAAACAUUGGAUUGGGCCAAGAGAGUUUAACCCCGAAUGUGGUUUCAUCUGCACAAGUCCUUGCCAGCACGUCAAAUUUGUUGAAUAUUAGAGACACUGAAUUGAGUAGCUUCCUUGUAGCAAUAGCAGAUCUGUCUUUGAGAAAAACAGCAGUAGAAGAGAAGAGGGUUAAAGUGCAGAACGAAUCCAAAGUUCUUCUCGAUUACACUCGGAAGGCGAUUUCAAGAUUGACAUAUCUAAAAAGAACACUUGCACAACUUGAAGAUGACAUUUCUCCUUGUGAAGCACAAAUGGAAUACUGGAAAACUAACCUGACAAUAUUGGAGUCCAAAGAGAGACAAUAUUUUCAGCAGUAUUCUAAUUAUAAGGCAAUGCUCAACCGUGUUGGCUAUACCCCAGAGGUAAGUCAUGGAGUGCUGGUUGAAAUGGCAGAGCACAGAAAGGAUUUGGAGAACAAAACUAAACCUAUUCUUGAUACUUUGAGAAGCUACCAAGACCUCCCUCCUGAUAAAGCCUUGGCCGCAUUGGCAAUAGAGGAGAAGAAACGACAGUAUGCUGAUGCAGAGAAGUACUUUGAAGACAUCUUACAGUCAGCUCUUGCCUCUACUGACUAAAACUAAAUUCAGUUCUUGAAAGCACAUUGGUAGGUCAUGAAGAACACUAAGGCAAGUUCUAUUCAACCCACAUUUUUUAAAUUACUUCUUUUUCUGUAUUUGCCUGCUUUCCCAUUGCAAGCUCUUGCCUCUACUGAUUGAAAAUAGAUUCUCUCUUGCAUUUGUGGUUAAAAGACAGAGCAGUUUUUUUAACCCAAGGUUCAAGUGACUGUCAGCUUUCUGGCAUUCAUUUGUAUAUUUAUGAACCCCUUACGAGUUUCGGUGCCAUAUUUUGUGACAACAGCCAAGUGCUGAAUGUGGGCUUGUACGUGAAUGGGAAUGUUUUCAUGUUUAUAUGCUCUUUCUGAAUUUAUUUAUCUAUAUAAUUCCCCUUGUUACUAAAAUGUGAUAAUUUUGGGGAAGAAUUGGACUCUGUUUUGGCAUUUGGCAUAUGUUUUGUGAUUCAGUAGUCUAAGGGCUUUUCUCAUCUACAUCUUGAUGCUUCAUUUCACCUGCUUGAUAAAAAGCAUGCAAACACACUCGACUUAUUCGUGGGGAAUACACUGCAUACAUUACUCUUCAGUCUUUUUUAAUAACCAAGAAUACUAACUUAUUCACCAAAGCAAGUAGCAAAUAUUACACCCAACAAGAGUUCAAAAACAAGCAGCAACAAACACAGAAAGAUAGUAAAGAUUUCCUUUAGAUCAAAAUCACAUUAACUGAACAGAUGAGUCAGAUCCUCUUCCCUAUUGUUACACAGCAAGCAACUCACAUUGAUCUUAAUAGACUUACUCAGCUUCUUCUUUGUUUGGAUCCUCUCCUUUAAAAUCAACCACAUAAUAAAUUGGACUUUGGGGUUCAAUAUACCAACACCAUACCCAUUUUGUCCAAGUUGGAGUCUCCUUACUUAGGUUGCGUUCCGUUCAACUUAUUUUCUCAGGUUAUUACUUAUUCUUAUUAAAAUCAGGUGAGGCUAGAUCAGGCUAGAUCAAAAGCAGCUUUAAAUAUAACUACAAUCAGACAGAUCUAACCAUCAGAUCUUCAAAACAUCAUAUCACGCGAACAGAACACAACCUUAGGAUAUCGUAGUCACCUGUGAUUGGCAUGAUUUUGAUCACCUUCUUCUAGUAAUAAUUGUAGUCCAAUUUGGGAAUAUAUUGCCAGUAUAGGGAAUCCGUAAUAUACCUUGUAUGGAUCCAUUAAACCCAAACAAUGAUGUACUUUGCUAUAUCCCAGUUGAGUUUCAUAAUAGCAGCCUUAUUCCAUAAAUACAUGUUCCCAUU